CCCUUUCUCUCUCGUAACGAAACCAUUGAACCCCAAACGCGCACCAUUUUACGCGUCAAACGGCGACUCCAACGGUCAACCGCACACCACAUCCACACCUCACACCGACGACGACCGCGCGGCUGUUGGGACGUUUGAACUGCCAGCACACGACCCCGCUCGUUCAUCACCACGGCCGUGACAAAGUCGAACACACUCUCCACGACGCUCGAGUUACUGGAUUCGAAACAUAUCGAGAUAGGAAUUACAUAGGUAGGAACUGAAGAAAAUAAAACGAGAGAUGGCUUCGCUUUUUCGUGCAUACAACCGUGCUCUCAUCCAGAGACCGUUCCUCACCCAAUGUCUGAGCUCGGCGGUGUUGUUCGGCGCUGGCGACGUUCUCGCACAAGAGGCGGUGGAGAAGCGGGGGUGGGAGCGCUAUGAUCCCAUCCGCACACUCCGUCUGAGCUUAUACGGCGGUGCUUUCUUUGGUCCUCCUGUCACGAAAUGGUUCCAGUUCUUGGGUAGGCUGCAGUUCGCGAGUCCGACGAAGGCGGUCGUAUAUAGGACGUUCCUGGACCAGAGCUUAAUGGCGCCUCUCGCCGUGGGCUGGUUCUUCACGAGCAUGACCUUCCUCGAGGGUAAGGGCGUCGCGGAGGUGCAGGACAGACUGUCUAAAUCCUACGUCCCCACCGUCUUCCGCAACUGGUGUGUCUUCAUCCCGACACAGAUCCUCAAUUUCUCCAUCAUGCCGCCCCAACUCCGGUUCGUCUUCGUCGGCGUCGUGUCCUUAUUCUGGAACACGUACCUGAGCGCUGUCAACGCCGCCGACGCGGCGAAAGAGGAGUUGGGUGUGAUCGCUCCUGUGGUGGAGAUGGUUGAGGGCGUGAAGGUCGCCUGAGGUACCGUAGAACCUGGACCUUGGGAGAAGGACGAGGGCGGAGUUGAUUGGUUAUGGGAAGAAGGUGGUGGAUGCUCAAAAAUGCUGGAUACCGACUCGGAUACCCACUGAUUGAAUAGUGUAGAAGUGGACCGGGCGGGCAUCUUUGGCUCAGACGUGGUGGGCAUUGGCACCCACGCGACGUAUAUAGACAUAUAGACGCUUCGCCUUUUUCUUGAUUUUCGUAUCUGUGUUUGUGUGCUUAUUUUGGACAGCGAAAGCUAAAGCGCUAAGAAUUAGCUCUUGGUUCGGUGCCACGCGAGCUUGCGAGGAAGUUUUCUUUCCGUCGGUUUACCGUCUGUGUUUCUGUUUCCUCCCAUUGCCUCUGUGCAGUGUUUUCCGCCCGUUCGUCGUCGUUUCUUCACGCUCGACGUCUUUGCGCCGUUUUCUGUCC